UAAAACCCUACACCUCCCAGUACUCUUCGUUUCGAACUUCGCAGCGAGAUGGAAGAGGAGGUCGAGAAAAUUGGGCGACAGCAGCAGUUGAAGGAGAAACCGAAACGAGCACCGCCGAAACGUUUCGUCAAAAACCAAGUACCGGAUUCGGUUCUCAACGACGCCGCCCUCAACGCUGCCAUAUCCCUAUUGCCGGCCAACUACAACUUCGAGGUCCACAAGAGCGUUUGGCGCAUUCGCUCCACGGGCGCCAGGCGCGUCGCUCUCCAGCUCCCAGAGGGUCUCCUUAUGUACUCCCUCAUUCUCUCCGAUAUCUUCACUGCUCACGCUGGCGUUUCCCACUGCUUCGUCCUCGGCGAUGUCACGUAUGGAGCUUGCUGCGUUGACGACCUCUCUGCAACAGCGCUCGGGUCGGACCUCUUAAUUCACUACGGCCACAGCUGCCUAGUACCUAUUGAUGCCACCAAGAUUCCAUGCCUCUACGUCUUCGUGGACAUCAAGAUCGACGUUGACCGCCUCAUCAACACCGUCAAAGUGAACUUUGGUGGCACCGAGAAUGUAAAAAAUGUCGUUCUUGCAGGCACUAUUCAGUUUGCGUCAGCAAUACGAGCGGCAAAAUCAGCUUUGGAGAGUCACGGAUUCAUGGUUUUGAUUCCGCAAUCGAAGCCCUUAUCCGCGGGCGAAAUUCUUGGUUGUACAGCUCCAAAGGUUAAGGUUUCUUCGAGCACAUCUGAGAGCGAGACGGUUGUGGUAUUUGUGGCUGACGGCAGGUUCCAUUUGGAGGCGUUUAUGAUAGCAAACCCAGGUAUUAGGGCUUUCAGGUAUGAUCCUUACAUUGGGAAGUUGUUCUUGGAGGAGUAUGAUCACAAGGGGAUGAGGGAGACGAGGAAGGGAGCCAUAGAGAGGGCGGCUGGGGAGGCAAGGAGUUGGGGAAUUGUGCUGGGAACCCUUGGGAGACAAGGGAACCCGAGAAUCUUAGAGAGGCUAGAGAGGAAGAUGAAGGAGAGAGGGCUUAAUUACAUUGUCAUCUUGAUGUCGGAGAUUAGUCCUGGGAGGAUUGCUCUGUUUGAAGACUCAGUAGAUGCUUGGAUUCAGAUUGCUUGUCCACGACUUUCCAUUGACUGGGGGGAUGCGUUUCAGAAGCCGCUUCUGACACCCUUUGAGGCGGAGAUUGCUCUUGGGGAUUUACCUGGGUGGUGGGAGAAGAGUUCAGUGGAAAAUUCAGGUUGUCAGAAGGGCAAAUCCUGUUGUGGUGGCUGUACUUGUGGGGAUGCAAAUGGUUUGGAAGAGGCUUUUGUUGGGGACUAUCCGAUGGACUAUUAUGCUCAGGAUGGUGGAGAAUGGAAUUCUUUCUAUGCUAAGAAAUCUCCACGACCUAUUCGGAGGUGGUUUAACUCCAAUGGUGCCGUUUCCUAACAUUCGCACUUGACAACAUUGCAACAAUCUGAUUAGUGCUAAAUUUUAUCUAGGUAAUAAAAACUUCACUUGAAGAAUUUUUUGGCAGCCUAAGACGCCUCCGGUAGUGGUUUUUUCUAUCUGGGAUGCAUCAUGCUAAACGAUUCUCGCUUUUUGCAAUUUCCAAAGUAGAGAUUGGAACUUUGCAAACAGAUGCUAUUUGUAUGAGCAGAAGGAUUCCCCUGCAUGGAACUGUUUCACAAACAUGGCAUUUGGUCUCUCAGGGGCUUCAAAUGGGCUACAAACAACUCUCUUUAUCGGACUGACUGCUUGGAAGAUAGUCUGCAGUAUCCAAAGGAAGAGGAAAACUCUAGUCAUCCUUAUAGCCAUAUUUGGCAAUGAAAACAACGUUAGGACUUUCAAAGAUAAACAAUUUUUGAACAAUUUUGAAUUGGCAGUUGUUUGAAAUUGGGAAGCAUGGUUUGGGGUAUCAUUUCAUGUGGUCAGACAAUUCCGUAGAUAUUGUAUUAUGUGGUUUUCAGUUGAAGUGUCUCUAGAGCGUGCAAUUUUUCUUUUCCGACAUACAUUUCAAGUGAUGAAAGUGGUGUGAAUUGAUUGUUGUAUCAGAAUUCAUUGUUCUUUUUUCUUUGUAAGAUCAGACUUUAUUCUUGGAGGUUAUUGAAGUGGAACACCGAUUUGGAAGUGGAACACUGAGUUGAGCUGGUGUAGCUUCUGUAUUGAUGCAUUCUGUAAUUGAGUUCAGUUUCAUUCUCUA